UUCCAGUACUGGUGAAACCUGUCUGGCUGCUUUAGCGGAGACACAAGAAGACGCAGCCUGAGGUGUAGAGCCCAAAAAGGGCAACCGAGAGAACAAAAACACAUUUACAUUACCAGCCAGGGAGGGAUCGAGGUAAAUCGACUCUAUGAGAAUUGAGUUGAACGGAUCUAACAUAAAUGAAGACAUCAUGGGUGUGAGACAGCGCUGGAUCUGUGCUUCCUUAUGUGACAGGUGCGACUCUACAUCCCAGAGGUUCGCCGUAUGAAAGAUGUGGAUUUUGGGAAUUUCUAUGUACGUUUAAUGGGUAGAAGUGUUGUGGAUAUGGGGGGAUGUCAGAGCAACAGCAGCUCUGAUGAAGAGGACGUGAAAGUCCUGAAGGCAAACCACAGCACGUUUAAAGUAAAAAAUAACAGUCUACAUAUGGUCCCAUCUGCUGCGGUCAAACCGUACCUGAAAGAUCACUACUUAUCUAAACGCAUCACUGACGUCAAUCUUCUGUCUCUCUCUGCUCUUCCACAUGGACUCGACCAGCAGGAGUGGAUUGCAACAAACACUGUUUCGUUCUUUCACAACACAACCAUCAUCCUCGGCGCUCUGUCGGAUUUCUGCUCAACGACAACAUGUCCAGCAAACAAAGGCCCCAGAAACAUUCUUUAUGAAUGGACAGAUGAUCAAGGCAAGAAGAUGAAGUGUUUAGCGCCGCAAUACAUCGACUACGCCAUGUGUUACAUCCAGGAGCUUCUCACAGAUGAGCGAGUCUUUCCCUCCAAAAGUGGUUUAUCAUUUCCUCCUGGAUUUACCUUCCUGAUCCAGAAGGUCUUUGUAAUGCUCUUCCGUACUCUGGCUCAUAUGUUCAGUGCACAUUAUCAAGACAGCGUCACCAUGGAGUUACACCCUCAUCUCAACACCCUAAUGUUACACUUCAUCACCUUCAGCCACACAUUUAAACUCUUGGACCCUGCGGAGACGGCGCCAAUCGAUGACCUCAUCGCUGUGCUCACGCGCUGAAUAAACACACUGAUGGUUUAAAUCAAAGCUGGGAUUAUUUCUGAUGAUGUUAGGGAAUGCACUCCUGUAAUGUGUCAAUCAACUGCAUACUGGACUUUGAUUAGUUCAGUAGUCUUCCCGCCUAUUUCAGUGCCAACUGUGAGUCAUUUUCUUUUGGACACCUGCCAUCCCGUCGUAGGGAAUCUACAUUGUUGCGCCUUGCAAAUUCCAAUCAAAUUCCUUAUCGACAUAUUUGUCUGCAACAAUGUUUUAAAGUAUGACAGCUAUUUCAUCCGGUACUACUGGAAAAAAACAUACUGUAUGACCGAAUGCAAUGCUUUGUGUUCAAAGCAACAUUACUGACUUUGUGUCCAGAACAGACACAGCCAUUUACAUGUCACGCCUGGGAAAGAUAUGUUAAUAGUGAAAAUGUCACAUGGCAUGCUGUGGCACAACAGAAGCACAAAACAAAUGGUUCACGAAUCACUGACUCAAUGAAUCAUUCACAAAUGCAUCACCUAUGUUGAUUCAGAAUUUAAUGAAGGUCUUUAAUGUAUAUGAAGUUAUAUUAAUUUAAGUAGAAUAGUGACGCUGUUAUAUACAUCAUAAUAUACUGUUGUUUGUCUUGUAUUGAUUGUCUUAUGUUGGUUAGUGUUGCAUAUAUCUUUGGGUCAGAAGGAUUUGUAUGGAAAAAAGACUUUCUUCUUUAUCUGAAACGUAAACGAAUGCUCAUGAAUGAAGAGCCCUUAGGAUAUCUGAAAUAUACACAAACACUGUAUUUGCAGGAGUGAUCUGGUCUGACUGGUUCCCAUGAGGAAUAAGAUCUGUUGAAGGACAGACGCACACA